CCGGGGAGGGCGGGCCGGGCAAGCUGGAGAGGGAGACGGUGCCGGGGUUCGGGGGACCCAAGCCGCCUCUUCCCUUGGCUGGUGCUGUGAUGUGGGGGAGAGAGAGGCGGGGAAGCUCCGAAAUUAACUCCCCCUCCCCUUCCGAGUACAUAAAUUGCAAAAUGAGCAUCCCGGAUUACAUGCAGUGUGCGGAAGAUCAUCAAACUUUAUUAGUUGUGGUCCAGCCAGAUGGGAUUGUUCCCGAAGAGAGCUUCUUUAAGAUCUACAAACGAAUUUCAACAGUGAGUCAGAUCAAUGUCCGUGACUCUCAGCGAGUUCUUUAUAUCCGCUACAGACAUCAUUACCCACCAGAAAACAACGAAUGGGGAGAUUUUCAGACGCAUCGCAAAGUUGUGGGAUUAAUAACCAUCACGGAUUGUUCCUCUGGAAAAGACUGGCCUCAAACUUUUGAAAAAUUCCACCUUCAAAAAGAAAUUUAUGGCUCAACCCUUUAUGAUUCCCGGCUGUUUGUCUUUGGACUUCAGGGAGAAAUUGCAGAGCAAACUCGUACGGAUGUGGCAUUUUAUCCUAGUUAUGAUGAAUGUGAAAAUGUGGAAAAGAGAAUAGAAGACUUCAUUGAGUCUCUUUUCAUUGUAUUGGAGUCCAAACGUCUUGACAGAGCUAUCGAUAAAUCUGGAGAUAAGAUCCCACUUCUGUGUGUUCCUUUUGAAAAAAAAGAUUUUGUUGGCCUGGAUACAGACAGUAGACAUUAUAAAAAGCGUUGUCAGGGUCGUAUGCGGAAACACGUUGGGGACCUUUGUCUACAGGCUGGGAUGUUACAAGAUUCCCUUGUUCACUAUCAUAUGGCUGUGGAACUUCUCCGUUCUGUAAAUGACUUUUUGUGGCUCGGAGCUGCUCUUGAAGGAUUAUGUUCAGCCUCCGUCAUCUAUCACUAUCCUGGAGGCACUGGAGGUAAAAUUGGGUCUCGCAGAGCACAAGGAGGUUCACUUUCUGCAGAGGCAGGUAACAGGCAUAGACCUGGUGCACAAGAAGUUCUUAUUGAUCCAGGGGCCCUUACAUCAAAUGGCAUCAGUGCAGAUACAAGUUCUGAAAUAGGACGAGCUAAGAAUUGUCUGAGCCCCGAAGACAUCAUUGAGAAGUAUAAAGAAGCGAUCUCCUAUUACAGCAAGUAUAAGAACGCUGGCGUCAUUGAGCUGGAAGCUUGUGUGAAGGCGGUGAGAGUGCUUGCAAUACAGAAAAGAAGCAUGGAAGCUUCUGAAUUCCUCCAAAAUGCUGUUUAUAUUAACCUUCGUCAGCUUUCUGAAGAAGAAAAAAUCCAGCGCUACAGCAUUCUUUCUGAGCUUUAUGAGCGAAUUGGAUUUCAUCGCAAAUCCGCUUUUUUCAAACGAGUGGCUGCCAUGCAGUGUGUAGCCCCAAGCAUCGUAGAACCUGGUUGGAAAGCCUGCUACAAACUUCUUCUGGAAACGCUUCCUGGUUAUAGCCUGUCUUUGGAUCCUAAAGAUUUCAGCAAAGGAACUCAUCGUGGUUGGGCUGCCGUGCAAAUGCGUUUACUUCACGAGUUAGUGUAUGCCUCCAGGAGAAUGGGGAACCCAGCACUUUCCGUCCGACACUUAUCUUUUCUUUUACAAACCAUGCUAGAUUUUCUUUCCGACCAAGAAAAGAAAGAUGUAACACAAAGUCUAGAAAACUAUACAUCAAAAUGCCCAGGAACAAUGGACUUCAUUACCCUUCCAGAUGGCUUAAAGCUCCCCCCUGUGCCAUUCACCAAACUUCCUAUUGUAAGAUCUGUCAAGCUCCUAAACCUCCCCGUUAGCCUUCGACCACAGAAAAUGAAAAGCCUGCUGGGUCAGAACAUGGCAACGAAAAGUCCCUUUAUAUAUUCGCCAAUAAUCGCUCACAAUCAUGGAGAGGAGCAAAGCAAAAAAAUAGAUUUUCAAUGGGUUCAGGGAGACGUUUGUGAAGUUCAGCUGAUGGUGUACAAUCCAAUGCCCUUUGAACUCCGGGUAGAAAAUAUGGGACUACUGACGAGCGGCGUUGAGUUUGAAUCCCUCCCUGCAGCUCUCUCUUUACCUGCAGAAUCUGGUCUCUAUCCUGUGACCCUUGUUGGUGUUCCUCAGUCCCCAGGCCAGAUCAACGUUAAUGGCUAUCACACCUCAGUCUUCGGAGUCUUCAGUGACUGCCUUUUGGAUAAAUUGCCAGGAAUAAAGACUUCUGGUUGUACAGUGGAAGUCAUUCCAUCUUUACCUAGGUUGCAGAUCAGUACUUCAUUACCCAGGUCUGCUCGUACACUUCAGCCUUCUUCGGGGGAUGAAAUUACCACCAGCGUGUCUGUCCAGCUGUACAACGGAGAGACUCAGCCACUCAUCAUUAAACUGGAAAAUAUUGGAACAGAACCUCUGGAGAAGCUGGAGGUUACAUCAAAAAUGGUCAACAUAAAAGGAAAACUGUUCGGUGACUUCUUGAGUUGGAAUCUAGAAGAUACACUCUCUCAGUUUCCUUUAAAGCCGGGAAGUGUUGCUGUAUUUACUGUAUAUAUUAAAGUCAAGCUUGAUUUCUCCUGUCACGAAAAUCUCCUGCAAGAUCUGAAUGAUGAUGGAAUUAGCGUGAGUGGUCUUCCACUUUCCAGUCCGUUUCGACAAGUGAUAAAACCACGUAUAGAAAAUAAGCCUAUGAAUCCACAGGAAGCCACUAAAGUUGGUGACUUCAGCCACAUAAAGACGCUGGAAGCCAUCUUGAAUUUCAGAUACUCAGGAGGCCCCGGACAUAUUGAGGGAUAUUAUAGGAACUUGUCCCUGGGACUUCAUGUGGAAGUUGAGCCAUCUGUGUUCUUCACACGUGUCAGUACCUUGCCUGCAACAAGUACUCGCCAAUGCCAUUUGCUCCUCGAUGUAUUCAAUUCAACGGAACAUGAACUCAUGAUCAGCGCAAAGAACAAUGAAGAUUUAGUGUUGCAUGCUGGAGAAUGCCAGCGCAUGGCUAUACAAGUCGACAAAUUCACCUUCGAGAGUUACCCAGACUCACCCGGUGAAAGAGCGCAAUAUGCAAAUCCAAAGCAGCUGGAAGAAGAGAGAAAACAAGCAAAAAGCCUGGAGAUCAACAACAAGUUAGACAUUGUCUGGAAAAUUCCCUCUUUGAAGCGUGAAGGGGAGGCCAGCGUGGAAGGGAUCCUUAAUCAGGUUGUCCUGGAUCACCUGCAAUUGGUGCCUCUCCAGUGGGAUGUGUUGGUGGAAGGAAAACCCUGCGACUCGGACAUUGUAGCAGACUGCACCGUCGGGGAUCCAGUGAAGCUCGAAGUGAAACUGACCAAUUGGAGCAAGCACAACGUCGGACCCUUCUCCCUCACUGUGAUCCCCUACCAAGAUUACCAAAACGGCAUCCACAAUUACGAUCUCCAAGACGGCAUCACUUUUGUUGGCUCCAACACCUUUUACAUCGAUACAGUGAAGCCGACAGAAAACUCCAUGUGUGUCGGGGCGAUUCUAUUUCUCUGCACGGGUGACUUUUACCUGAACAUCAAGUUUCACGAAGGCCACGCGAGCAAGGAGUUUCCCCCUUCCUGGUUAUGCCUGCCCAGCGUUCACAUCCGAGCGGUGCACUCCGUGAUCCAGACCAAGUUGUAAAUGUCAUUGGUAGCUAGUCUAAGGUAGCUGUUCACCGCCUUGCUCAGCACGGCUGGCCCUGGGUUCGCCUCUCACUUUCUCUCUCUCUUGCUUUCUACUCCCAAGUUUUCUACAUGCCUUGGAGAGGCAGUGUUUAAGUACUACCUGCAAGUAGCUAACCGUAACCGGACAAUCGCUUUGGCUCAUUUAAGAAAAGGCAACGUUGGAUACCAAGGAACUGGAUUUUCGUCAUUCUCAAUGGUUUACAGCAGGAGUCUCCAACCUUGGCCACUUUAAGACUUGUGGACCAACUCCCAGAAUGGAGUUGAAGUCCAUAAGUAUUAAAGUAACCAAGUUUGGUGACCUCUGGUUUACAGAGUGAUCUCUUUUUUAGAAAUACGUUUCAAUUAUUAAGAUAUACACAACACUGGACUGUAUCCACUGAUUUCUGAAAUAAUCCUCAAAUGAAUUGCAUCCUUGCUUGUCUGUUCGGAAGAUGUUUAUAAAGUUACAACAUAAGUCAUGACCUGCGCUUCUAAUUUUUUUUUUCUAUUCUAUUCACUUGAGCUUUUUUUUAUUCUUUUAAACUUUUAAAAAAAUGGGGCGCACGGAGGCUGAAAACGGGUUGCGCAGAGGCCAAAAACGGGACGUGCGGAGGCCGAAAACAGGAGUGUGUUUUAUGGAGCCAAAAAUACUGUAGUUUGCUUUUGAUUUAGGCAAUGACAUUUGCCCGCCGUGAAUGCACAGAUGGAAGUUAGAAAGACUGGUUGGAAAUGAAUUUUCAACGGGCCUCUGUGGCUCAGACUGCUAAUGCAGUCUGUCAUUAACAGCAGCUGCCUGCAAUUACUGCAGGUUCAAGCCCCACCAGGCCCAAGGUUGACUCAGCCUUCCAUCCUUUAUAAGGUAGGUAAAAUGAGGACCCAGAUUGUUGGGGGCAAUAAAAGUUGACUUUGUAUAUAAAUAUACAAAUAGGAUGAAGACUAUUGCUAACAUAGUGUAAGCCGCCCUGAGUCUUCGGAGAAGGGCGGGAUAUAAAUGCAAAUAAAAAAAAAAAUUCAAAUAAUUACAGCCCAUCCCAGCUCCCUUUAGCUGCUGUCGGUGACCCCUGCUAUGAACUGUCAUUUGCAAAACCCUUCGUGGUAUCAUGGUUUGCCCCAUGGAUUCUUAGAGGAGUGAUUAUCAUUCAUUUUGCAGACAGUUCACACUGCCCAACGGCUGCUUCUAACCAAAAGAUUUUAACUCCGAAACUUUCUUUUCUAAUGGCUCCUUUCGAAAAACGCAAAGCAUCCAUUUCUUACAGAGUCGCUUCCACGCAACGCAAACCUUCCGCAAAAAGAAUCCCUUCUGAUCUUCCCGUCUUUCCUUUUCCUUUGGCUGAAGGCGUUCGUUUAAUUUGGGUUUUCUUCUUCUUUUGAUUUUUGCAAAGAAAUCAACAUCGUAUUUCGACAGUACGGGCUGAUGGGAUUGUAAGAUGAAUUUGCACAGGCUUCUAAGGGUGUUAAUUUAGGCCUGAAUUAUUAUUAUUAUUAUUAUUAUUUUAAAAAGUACAGAAGUCAGACUGUGGCAAUAGAGCAAAAAAAAAAAAAAAUCAAGAUUAAAGGCUAGCAGUCAGUCGCAUGAAAGAUGCUUACUUAAGGGAUAUCUUUCUCCUGCCUUUCUUUGCUUAGUCCAAAUUUGCUUCGCAUCAUCCAAUAUUAAAUAGCUGUUGUCUCAGGAACCCAUGGAGCAGAAAUCCUGAUUCUGCAUUCUCCUUGGCGAAGAGGAUAUUAUAUUAUGCACCUUCCCUCCCUUCUUAGUAAGAGAUGCUUAUCCUAUUUCACUUGGCUGACACGCAGAGCCUCCCUUUGCUGAGAAAUCGGGGUUCACAAAGGCCCAGGGGACGGGCCCCCAUUUAAAAUCUCCCUGGAUACGGAGCUCUUGCUUCGAUCUGUAAUCGCUCUAUUUUGAUUACGUGUAGGUGGUGGUGUUGUUUUAAUAAGAAAAAUCAACCUGCAUUCCAUUUCCACACAGGCGGGGUGGAAACAAAUCUGCAUUUCAUUUUAUUUCUUCUCUCACCCAGCUGAACGCUCUAGUUGUACUGAUUAUAUGAUAACGGAGACAUUCAACCCCCUUUUAGAAAAUCCCUGGAUUACUUCGACCCAGGUCUUUAAAAACCCGCCAUACAGAAGCAUUACCAAAAGAGUUAAAAUCUUUGUAGCGGGUUUCUUCGACAAGUUACCUGCGGUUGCUAACCUGUUGUGACCCAGGCCCAAGUAGGUAGUAGGAAACUCAGUCAGUGUAAAAACAAACAAACUUUAUUAUAACAGCUGAGAAUUAACUCAGCAUAGUUCAACUAAACUAAACUAAAGCAAAUUCCUCCCAACACAAUUCCUCAGUCCUAUCACCAACCUUGGUCCAAUUAGGCAAACUGCCAAAGGCCUUUCUUGGCAAAAGUUCAGAAGACACCAAUACAAAACAAAUGCAGCAACAAAGCUAUCAAUGUUGUUUUCCGGCAAAGAGCCCAAACAUUGUCGCUGGUCUUUUAAGCUUUAUGGGAGGGGCCAAUCAUCUCUUGGCCCUACUUCCAAGUCGUCCUCUUUGCUUUAGCUGCUCUUGCCUUCUGGCAGCUCUUCUCAUGCAUGCAUUAGGAACAGGCUCCUCCUGUUCCUCUGCCUCACUACUGUCAGCCUCUGGAGGCUCCGGAGUCCGCACCUCACUCCCCAAUGGCCCUGGUCCCACCUCUGCCUCCAAUGCAGAGCCCUCAUCCGGGCCUUUCCCAGCCUCCAGGACUGGCCCAUGUUGUUUCUCAGCCUCAUCGCUGUCCGACUCUAUUGCCAGCUCCGCAGGCUGCUGGCGGACCAUAACAUAACCUGUUUUGUUUGCUUUGGGUGAGCGGCUCCCAUUUUUCACUCAUGUGAAACGAUCAAGAAAUCGGCAGUCUGUCCUGCUUACCACCGAUACCACGAUACCGUGUCCGAACACAGCAGAUAUAUUUCCACAUUGUCUUCCUUGCCCCCCACCCCCACCUUUCCUCUUCUGCCUCGCGGUCAGUUCAGACGCAGCUUGUCAGUAAGACCUCUUUAAUAAUAAAUAUCGCUCCACUCAGAGCGACCUUCCCGAGUGGCUCCAUUUUAGGAACUUAGCCUCUCCCUCUCCUCUUGCUCACUCGAAUGAUUAUCUGGCUUGGCAUUUUUUUUCCCCACUGCACGAAAUCCGAAGAAGAGACACAGCGUUGGUUCAAGAAUCCUCAAAAAUGAUAAGUUUCUACUUAGCGGUAAAUUUCCUAACAGAGUACUCGUGAUUUCACUGAGGUGUGUUUAUGUGUCUUGGCACAUUCACAUGGAAGUACCCUGUUUCUCUAAAAAUAAGACCUCCCCGGAUAACAAGCCCAAUUGGGCUUUUGAGCACAUGUGCUAAACUAAGCCCCGCCUGAAAAUAAGCCCUCCCCAAAAAUAUUUAAACACAUGCGCAGCCGGUCCCCACCAUUCCCUGGGUUAGGGAGGCAGAGCUGGAAAUCAGGUAAGACUGCAAGAGGAGGCCCGUCUUGCUCCACACGCCCCAAAAUAAUAAGACCUCCCUGAAAAUAAGGCCAAGCACUUACUUCUGGGUUCAAAAAGGGCCGUGGUGUGGCUCAGGCUGUAAGAAGCCUGUUAUUAAAACACAGCUGCCUACAAUUACUGCAGGUUCUAGUCCCACCAGGCCCAAGGUUGACUCAGCCUUCCAUCCUUUAUAAGGGAGGUAAAAUGAGGGCCCAGAUUGUUGGGGGGGCAAUGAGUUGACUUUGUAAAUAUACAAAUAGAAUGAGACUAUUGCCUUACACACUGUAAGCCGCCCUUAGUCUUUGGAGAAGGGCGGGAUAUAAAUGUAAAUUAAAAUAUAUAUAUAUAUAUAAGACAGGGUCUUAUUUUGGGAGAAACACGGUAUAUUCCACAGAAAGUUGUAAGGCUACCUCUUGUUUUAGUGCCUUGCCUUUUACACGUUAAACUCUUUAAUAUAUUAGAAUUCCACUCGAGUUUCCUGCAGGCAGUGCACUUAAAAGAUAUCAUCUCGGUUGUAUGUAUGUGUAAGUUAUUCUCUUUAACGCCUCCGCUCCCAGAAAAUGUGGUUGAUUUCAUUAUCUCUUAAUGUGGUGUGUGAUGGGUCAGCUUUGGCUUGUAAAUCUGAGGUGACACCAUUAAAUGUGUUAAGCCCUUCCGUGUUUUAAAAUCUGUUACAAAUUCAGGACAGAAUUCGGCCUGUUCUGGGUGUGCUCGUGGCAAAUUGAAACCAUAAAUUAUUUGAACUUGUCAAAUAAAUAGCUUUCAAGGCUUUUCUUAUCCAA